AUUCAUUUCGGAAUUGCUGGAAUUCAGAUUAUCUUCAAUUUCGAUUGGUUUCAGUUAGUAGGUUAAUUUUUCCUUUUUAUCGUGUUUUGUGUUAUGUUAUGAAUAAAUUAAGUAAUCGUAUAAAUAAAGAUUUUUAUGUGACAUACAGCAGCAUUGCAAAAACAUUUCAUAUUUUGAAAGUUUUUUGAUUACAGUAAAUUUUUUGUCUAUUACAUAACAUUGGAUUGAAAACUAAAUCGUUUGUUAAUUAGAACAAUUAGAUGACUUGGACAAGCUUCGGAAAGUUCCAAAGGAAAUGAUAAGCGCAGCUUAACGUAAGCAGUCGAACGAAAGUUAAUUGGGAGUAUUUUAUAAAUAUUUUUCUAACCAAUUAAGCUUUUAAUGAUAUGUUUUACUUCUGAAUGAAAGCCUCAUCUAUAGAAUAGAAAUGAAAUAUCAUCGAACUGUAACAAUCAGUCAUGAGAUGACUAUGAAGUUCAUAUUGAUACACUUUUACCUUUUUGUGAUCUUUCUAGCUUUUAGCGAAGCAAGGCUCAAGAGUUACGGAGCCAAAAAUGCAAGGAAUGGUCAAUUCCCCUUUGUUGUCCUGAUAUCUUACAAAGGCCAUAAACAUUGCGGUGGGUCGAUUAUUCAUGAACGCUGGAUCCUCACAGCUGCCCACUGUUUGCAUGAAAACACAUCCAAACCUCUGAUCACAGUUGGAACAUCAGGAAAUCUCGGAUCUGGUACCACGUAUAGAGCGAAAAAAUUGUUCUUCCACCCCGAUUUUAUCGUCAUACCUGAAGAUGAAAACGAUGGUCUCGAAUUCGUCGACAACGACAUCGGUCUGAUUCUUUUGGCAUCGAACAUAACAUUUACUUAUAAAAUUCAACCAGUAUCAUUAGCAACGUUAGAUGAUGGCUCUUACGAAAAUUCUAUAGCAACUAUACCAGGUUGGGGAUCGGCCGAAUAUUAUGAAGAUAUGAGCAAACAUCUUCGCUACAUCAACGUUCGGGUAUUAACUAAGAAAGAAUGUCAGAAAGUAUGGACCUACGCGGAUAAGCAUUACUGCACUUCUACUCAAGAGCAACAAGGAGUAUGUUAUGGUGAUUCCGGUUCUCCAAUGCUCGUCGGUAAUGUACAAGUUGGAAUUGCUUGUACAGCUGACACAUUUUGUGAGUCAGUGAAACCAGAUCUUUUCACAAAGGUUGCUAGCUUUAUUACGUGGAUAGAGAGUAUCAUGAGUUAUUAUGGAGAUGUUUUAUCAGAAUUCAACUAAUCGAAAUACCACUGUAAGCUAGAAUUGUAUACUACGUCAGUUUUAUAAACUAUUUACAAAUUUCUGCAAAUUUUUGUGUAAUGUUUAUUUUAAUUAAUGAUUUUCUAUAUCGUAUAUAACAAUGGUAGUUUUUUUAGAGUAUUUUUUCGAAUGUCCAAUUGAUAUAUUUAAAAAAAAUGAAUUAAAGAU